CACAUUUUAAAUUGUUUUCAAAACUUGCUUUUUGCUGUUUUGUUUUUUCUCUUUUUUAUUUGUUCUCACCUUUUUUGACCUAACUUCUUUUGUCUUCAUCAUUUUCAGUAACAGUUUCUUGUUUACGUCAUGGAUGACUUUGUUUGCAAGAUAUUAAAUGACUGGGGCCUAAGCGAGUGGAUAGAAACAUUUAGAGAACAAGGCGUUGACAAGAAAUAUCUGUACUGUCUUGAGGAUCAAGACGUGGGAGAAUUGAUUUCCAAAGUGGGACCAAGAGCACAUUUCAGAAAGAAACUGAGGCUGUUAAAGGAAGAACAAAACAGAAAUGAGGACACAUUGCCUUUAUCUUUACCAAUUGAACAGGAGCAGAAAAACACAACUGUUCAGGCUGAGGUACAGCCAUCCACAAGUGAUGGAGGAAAGAGAAAGCUGGAUCUGGAGAAGUUUAACAAAAGAGAACCAACACCAAAACGGUUUCGCAGGAGUAUGUCAGCAUCUUUGCCAGAACUAAGAAUACUGUCUGAGGUGAAAAAUGUAAUGAGACAUGUUCUGGAUAAACUACACCGUCAAGAAAACACAAAGCUGAAUUCUUUCCUAAGGGAUAAAAUUAGGGAUCUGGAGACAGACAGAAGAGAACUGGUUGGUGUUUUUGGUAAAACUGGAGCUGGAAAGACCAGUUUGAUAAACGCUCUCAUUGAUGAGAGGAAACUUUUGCCGUCUGGAGAUGUUGAUGCAUGUACUUCAGUCAUGAUUAAAGUGGAGGCAAACAUGUGCAACACAAAGUAUGAGGCACAUAUUGAAUUUAUCACAAAAGAGGAAUGGAAAGAUGAGUUGUGGUCAGUGAGUCAGUUUCAAGAGAAUACUGCAGAUCAGAAAAAAGAGGAUGAGGAUGAUGAUUAUCAGGAUGUGGCUGAAAAGCUGUCUGCACUCUAUGGAGAGGAAUGGAAACAAAAAUCUUCUGAACAACUAAUGGACCCCAAAUAUUUCAGAGAAAUACCAGAAUUUCUUCAAUCCACAGGAAAGAUACUGUCAUGUGAAACAGCUAACGAGCUAUCUGCUAAAAUGAUUAAAUACACAAGAACUGAAUCAAAUCAUGGAGGACAAAAAGGCAUAAACAGGUGGUAUUGGCCUCUUGUGAAGUGUGUGACUGUCAAAGUGCCUCAUGAUUUUCCCCAGCACAUCACUCUUGUGGACCUUCCUGGAAAUGGAGACCGUAACAAGAGCAGAGAUACAAUGUGGAAAGGGAUUGUUGGAAAUUGUUCUACUGUGUGGAUCGUCACUGAAAUCAACCGAGCAGCAGCAGAGCAAGAGUCAUGGGACAUCCUGAAAAAUGUUGCCAGUCAGAUUGGAAACGGUGGGGAGUGUCGACACAUUCACAUUGUCUGCACCAAGUCUGAUGAUAUUGACGAUUCAGAUGUAACCACCAAAGCUGAAACUCAGGCCUUGAUACUUAAGAGAAACGCAGAAACCAAAGAAAGGGUGACAAAAGAAUUCAACAAACUGAACAAGAUUAAAAAACACUUCAGUGACGAGUGUUUUCAGGUGUUCACUGUGAGCUCCAGAGAAUUUUUCCGAAAGAGAGAUCUAAGUCCAGAGGACACUGAAAUACCCAAUCUUCAAGAAUUUUUGCAAAAUCUCAAUGACUGUCACUCAGAGACAUUAAACUAUGUGUCUGGAGCUCAUGGCAUCCUCUCUUUGAUUCAUGGGGCCAGCAGAAGAAAAGAGAAUGACAGAAUUAAGGAAGUGUUUGAAGCUCUUGAGAAAAAUCUAACCCUUCAAAUUGAGUCAAUCAGAAAUGAAAUGAUGAAGAUUUACAACGUUUUUGAAGAACACCUUCAAGAGGGAGUUGAGCGAUCCAAAAACUCAUAUGGAAACAUCUUGACGUCUACCCUCUAUCCCCAUAAAAGGGAUGGUCGGGGAUUUCAUAAGCAAUUGAAAAAAGCAGUAGAAAAUAGAGGAGUCCACCGACCUAAGAAAGGAAGAGAAAUGAACAUCAACAUAAACUUGACUUCCGAUCUGGCUGACAGCAUUGACGAGGAAUUCAGAACCACUUUUCCAAAUGACGGAAAAUGUUUCAAAGGAGUGAUCUAUAGUUUUUCACUUGUCAUUGAAGAACUAAAAGAGAAGUACAAAGAUGUGGAACUGCAACUGGUAUCUCUCAAGUCAGAGGAAGAACGUCUGAAGACAAGUCUGAACAAAAGUAUUCGUGAGCGCAAAAAAACAGUCUACAGGAGUCUAAUAAAAACCAUUGAGGAAACAAUGCAAGACUGCUAUAAAAACGCAGCAGCCUUUACAGGAACUGGUACACUGCAGAACAUGCGGGAAACUAUAGAGAAUCACGUACAUGGAUCAAAGAACACCAUGUUUGAAAAUGCUAAAAAGGUCAUGAUGAACCACCUGCACAACUUGAUGAUGGACGUCCUGACAACACUAGAGGAUACCAUGAGGGAAUCGAUUGAGGUGUCCCUGAAGACUGAUGACACCUCAUUUCCAGAUGUUUCAGCACAGCUCGAGAUGGUCCAAAAACUAUGUGAUGAGCUGAAAAGCUGCUAAAACACAGAACAUAUUUGAGCUUUUCUCAUUGGAGGGAUUCACCAUCAUAACAUGCUGCAUUUGCAUCCCUUCAGGAUGAAAAACCGUAGGAUUAUGAAAAAAAAAAAAUAUUAUGUAAUUUUCUUUGCCACUUCUUUCAUAAUUUUUUUCUCUUGGAGGGAUAUUUGCAACAUUUUUCAUUUUGUUUAUUAGAGCCUGAAUAUGGAAAACUUAGAGAGUGAAGAUAAAAUCAGGUCAAAGUAUCUUUACUUAAAUCUGUAGGAAGAAUUACAAGAAAAAGAUAUAGAAGACAUUUUAAUUUUUAAAAAAUUUUCUUUGAUAUUUUAUAUGUGACAUUAUUUUUAUUAAUUUUAGUAUAGGUUGAUUACACUACUUUACUAUUUGAUAAUUUUAGAAAUGUUUGCAUUACAUUUGAAAUUAAAAUCAAAUCUAAGUGGCUUUUCUUGGUACUGCAGGACUAAUUGCAGGAAAUAUAUGGAAGACAUUUCCAUUUUGAAUAGUUUUCUUUGAUAUUUUAUACGUGACAAAAUGUUAUUCAUUUUUAGCAUGUUUAUUACACUUUUUUUAACUCUGUUUAUUUUUACAAAUGUUUGCAUUACCUUUCUUCUCUUUUGUUAAAGCUUACAUGAAAAAUGUAAAGAAAUAUAACAAAGUUAUGAUUAUUUCUGGCUUCUGAAGAUGACUAAACCUCUAAUUAUUCUCAAUUGUUUAGCUGUUUAAUUGUAAUCCUAAUGCAUGUGUGUGAUUUGGUAUCUUGUAGUAAAAUUUAAUAAGAUAAUCAGAUAAAUGUACAUGAACAUGUCAGAUAAUUUUUUUAACUCUAAUUUUCUGAGUUUUAUUCACUGGGAAAUUCAUAACUAUGAUUCCUGUUAAACUUUCUACCAUAAAGACCCAAAAUACAUAUGAACAAAUAAAGUUAUGUAUGACA